AUGCAGGAGGCACCUCGACUACCUUUAACAGACCGUAGUCCUCAUUACAGCAGCGUAGAAGAGGUCCCAGAAGGUAUCCGCAAAUACUGGCAACAACGCUACUCAAUCUUUUCGUGGUACGACUACGACGUCCGACUGACGCACGACGCCUGGUUCGGCGUGACGCCGGAGCCCGUGGCGAACCAGAUCGCCCAGGACAUGACGGCGUCGGCCGCCAAGACUACCGUCGUGGACCUUUUCGCCGGCGCCGGCGGCAACGCCAUUGCCUUUGCCCUGGCCGGCUCCUUUGACCGCGUCGUCGCCAUCGAGCGCGACGCCGACACCCUCGCCUGCGCCCAACACAACGCAGAGGUCUACGGCUGUGGCGAGUGGAUCACCUGGGUCCACGGCGAUUGUUUCGACUUUCUCGCUGCCCAGCAGCAGCAGCAACAGCAGCAGCAUCAGAAGCAUGACAAGGGCAACUCGUUUUCUUCUCCUUCUUCUUCUUCUUUACCCAAAAACCUGAGGAUAGACCCCAGGACCACCAAGAUCUUCGCCUCGCCGCCAUGGGGAGGCGUCGACUAUGGCCAGCAAGACGUCUUUGACCUCUCCACCAUGCAGCCAUACAACCUUGACAAGAUCCACGCUGCCUGCAAGGCCUACGAUCACGCCCUCUAUCUCCCGCGGACUAGCGAUCUGCGGCAGAUUUCAAAGUGUGUCCCGGACGGUCAGAAGAUCGAUGUCGUGCAGUACUGCAUGGCCGGCGCGAGCAAGGCUUUGGUGGCCUAUAUCCCCGGCACUGGUAGCUGA